AUGGCAGAAAUAGUCGGAUCCCUUGCCCUCACACCCUUCAUAGUCUCGCCGGGGGUGCUCCGCACGCGAGCCAGACAGCCCCCACUCGCUUCGGAGCACCCGCUCUGCUCUGCUAUGGCUUUCAAACCAGACGAGACGGCCUCCUCAGCAUCCCACGCACUCGCACCAGCUCAGAAGCUGGAGCUGACGCCACCACCAAGCUCGGAGGGACGCACGAUGGUGGAGCCCCCACCGGCCGAGAGCGGCCCCUUGCGUGGCGCUGGUCCAGUGCGGGUCCGCAGCAAGUUCUACAUGAGCGACGGCUCCGUGUUCCUCAGCGUGUUGACAGCGACCCCGGUCCACGAGCAGCUCACGCUGUACAGGGUCCACCGCUAUUUCCUCGAGCGCGACUCGGAUUUCUUCCGCAGCCUGCUUGUGCUCCCGCCUGGAGACGCCGAGCGUGGGCCGGACGGCGCAACGGAGGAGACGGCGAUUCCUCUGCUCGGCGUCACGACACACGAGAUGGAGUGCUUGCUGUUUUUUCUGUACCACGGCAUGUACGAGAGGAAAGUCUGGCGCGACGACUGGGUCGCCCUGCUGUCCAUCUCCUCGCGGUUCCUCUUCGAGGGGAUCCGGAAGCGCGCGGUCCAGGAGAUCACGAGGUUCACAGAGCCCCUUGAUCCCGUCGAGCGCGUCGUCCUCGCAACGCGACACGAUGUGCCGCAGUGGCUCAAGCCCGCCUACGUGGAGCUCUGCCAGCGCCGCGAUGCGCUCUCCGUCAAGGAAGGCCAGCAAAUCGGGCUGGAGACGGCCAUCCCUCUGGCGCGAGCCAGGGAGGAGCUGCUGAGGAGGCGCAUUGUCUGCGAAAAGGCUGCCGAAGACAUCAAGAAACACACUCCGUGCAAGAGGAAAGUCGAGGACUGUCAAUGCUGUCGCAGAGUACAUAGCCUGCUGGGCACUACAGAGGACAGCAAGGCAGAAGCUGAGAAAAUUGUACAGCAAACGAUGUUUCCCUUGUAA